AAUUAAUAAAAAAAAAAAAAAAAAUUCAUCGGAUUCACGGUUCCUCUUCCUUCUUCGUCUUCACGAUAGUAAACUCUUCUUCCCUCUUCUCUCAUUUCCGCCGCCCAGAACCGCCCUUCUCCGUCCGUUCCAGCGUCACCAUCUCCUCUCUUCCUAUCAUCGCCGCUUGCCUCCAUCCCCUCUCUCUGUCUCAGCGCCACUCACCAGUCGUCGGCAACAACCAGACCACCUCUUUGCUAGUCGUCGUCGUCGUCGUGAUUUUUCCGACCUCCUCCGCUCUCAUUGGCAUCGCUUCACCACUUAUAAUUCGUCAGCCACCAUUCUCCGUUCUUUUUUCUUCUCUAUAGCCUCACCCCACUUGCAUCAAUCUCUUUGCACGCAAAGUGUUUGAUAAAUGUUCUGACUAAGUGUUCGCUUUUAUUGAUUGAACUAAGAACGGCAUACAUGUUCACCAAUAAUCAGAGGCAACAAGAGCGGACAGGAAGAUACGGAACUCCCAGAUUGCAAUACCUUCAGGAAUUGGUGACUCAGUUUCAGAACGCAUCCGAGGAUGAAACAAAAGAGAAGAUUUUGGCAAAUUUGGCCAACUUCGCCUAUGAUCCUUUCAAUUGUAACUUCUUGCGUCAGCUCAAUGUUAUAGAACUUUUCCUUGACUGCAUAACUGAACCCAAUGAAAAGCUUAUAGAGUUUGGCGUUGGAGGGAUCUGCAAUUGUUGUGUUGAUCCAGCAAAUGCUGCAAUUAUAACUGGAGUUGGUGGGAUUCCUCUUAUCAUUCAAUGUUUAUCAAGCCCAGUUAGGAACACUGUAAAUUAUGCACUCGGGGCACUUUAUUACGUAUGUAAUGAAUCUAACAAAGUAGAGGUUUUAAAGCCUGAAGUUAUUGAUGUCAUCAAGAGGUAUGCAGCAGCUGAAGAAGUUAGCGUGAGCUUCAGUAAUCUAGCUAAAGCUUUUCUGGACAAACAUCUAUCCGGGAACUAGAUUUUGAAGCUUUAAACAUUUAUAUGUGGAUUAAAUGAUAAUACUGGCAAAGUGGCAACUAUAAUAAUUUCCGAGGCAAUUGUGAAAGAAAAAAAUGAACAAAUUUCCCUACCUUAGACAUAUUUUAUGCGGGAUUAAGCGUUAAUACUGUGAUUUCCUUUGUUGCCAUGUCUGACAUAGAAGUUCCGGGAUUCACAGCAAUCCGAAUACUCCCUCUGAUGAGUCUUAAUCGAUUUAAAAGAGUGGAGAGUAUUUAGGCUUCAUAUCACCCCCAUUGUAAAGAACUGUCUCAAGUGGUCACAGUUUGUCAAGACCUACCUCAAGGAUAGAGGGUGUCUUUCCCAGCUUCUGAAUGCUGCUCCAUACAAGAAGGUCCCAAAAUUUGACUCAAUGCAUGAAGAGGACUCUGAUAAUGUCCUUGUUAUGGAAUUCCAUGGAACACACAGUCAGUGAUACUGGCAUUUUCUUGUAGACAAGCAAUGGCCAGUGAAAAUUGUAGCGACUAUGCAAGGGAACAGUUCAGUAUUUGAGUAUGCCAACACCCUGUAUAAUUUGUUUCAAGAGUGUUAGAUCAUACAUCAUUACUGUGUGUUGUUAUGAAGUGCAUUCUAGUUGCAGUAUUGGGUCUGGGGCAGUUUCUUCUUAUAUUUGAGACAUGAAAGAGUACUAUAUUAGAAAAGCUUUUU